AUGAAUCGAAAGAUAACAACUCAAUUGAUGGGUCAACUUCCGUCAGCACGUGUUUUGCCCACCUUUGCCAAUGAGAGAGUCUCGGUAGACUAUGCUGGACCGUUUACACUAAAGAUAGGAUCAGUUCGAAAGCCAACGUAUCGCAAAGCCUAUCUAGCAGUUUUUGUUUGCCUCGUAACCAAGUCGUGUCACAUCGAAUUAGUAUCAGACCUCUCGGCGGAAGCAUUCCUUGCUACACUUCGUCGCCUUGUCUCUCGAAGAGGAAAACCCACGCAGAUUUGGAGCGAUAACGCGACUUGUUUUCGGCGUACGGAUAACGAUUUAAGGGAACUUUAUCGACUACUUCAAAGACCAGAUAUCAAAGAAUCUGUUAUGAACUUUUGUCCGUCCCAAGGCAUCCAGUGGAAGUUUAACCCACCCACCGGUCCUCAUCAUGGUUCUGUUUGGGAGAACGGGGUAAAGUCCUGUAAACGGCACUUGAAGCGAAUAGUUGGGGAAACCAAACUAAACUUCGAAGAAACGACAACCACCCUCUGCCAAAUCGAAGCCUGUCUCAACUCUCGUCCACUGAUACCUUCGCUUGAUACAAAUGAUGAUGAUGGAAUAUCUCCACUUACCCCCUGGGCAUUUUCUAAUUGGACGUCCUUUAGAAGCUCUACCUAG